AUGCAUGUUGCUCGAGGAUAUCACACAGCAUCCACGUUGGCAAAUGGAUCAGUAUUAGUUACUGCUGGAUACAACGGUAGUUAUCUUGAUAGUGCUGAAUUGUACAAUCCAUCAAUAGGCAUUUGGACAACCACAGGCAGCAUGAAUACCGCACGAUUUCUUCACACAGCAUCCACACUAGCAAAUGGAUCAGUAUUAGUUUCUGGUGGAUAUAAGACUGGUGUUCUCAGUAGUGCUGAAUUGUACAAACCAUCAACAGGCACUUGGACAACCACAGGCAGCAUGAGUGUCGCACGAUAUAUGCACAUAGCAUCCACAUUAGCAAAUGAAAAAAUACUAGCUACUGGUGGAUUAAGCGGUAGUAGUUCUUCCAAUAGUGCUGAGUUGUACAAUCCAUCAUCAAACACUUGGGCAACUACAGGAAGCAUGCAUGUCGCACGAUAUAUGCACACAGCAUCCACAUUAGCAAAUGGAUUCGUAUUAGUUACUGGUGGAUACAACGGCAGUUAUCUUAAUAGUGCUGAAUUGUACAAUCUAUCAGCAGGCACUUGGACAACCACUGGCAGCAUGGGUACCGCACGAGGUUAUCACACAGCAUCCACAUUAGCAAAUGGAUCAGUACUAGUUACUGGUGGAUGCGGUGGUGCUGCUUGCAAUAGUGCUGAAUUGUACAAUCCAUCAACAGGUACUUGGACGGCUGCUGGAAGCAUGAAUGUCGCACGUUAUUAUCAUACAGCAUCCACAUUAACAAAUGGAUUCGUAUUAGUUACUGGUGGAUGCAGCGGUGCUGCUUGCAGUAGUGCUGAAUUAUAUAAUCCAUUAACAGGCACUUGGGCAACUACAGGAAGCUCAAACGGCGCACGACAAUAUCACACAGCAUCUACAUUAGCAAAUGGAAAAGUAUUAGUUACUGGAGGGAACAACGGUGGUUAUCUCAAUAGUGCUGAGCUUUAUUAA